CGAACUAGGUUUGCCGACACCAUCGACGGACGACGCUGCCGACAGUCGUUCCAGAAUUGUUCCAUAUGAUCAGCUGUUUCGCGUCCAAUUUAUUAUUUGUUAUAUUUUUGCGAACGGAAUGGCGUCUCGCGCGUUACUGCAACAAUGUGCGAGUGGAAUUUGCAGGAGCAGUCCUGGAUUGAGCAGAUUAUUUUCAAGUAAAGGCUCAGAAGUAGAAAAGAAACCUGACAUAGCGCAGCGUAAGAAUCUUCAAGAGACUAUACAAUCACAAGAGGAGGCCAAGUACGUGCAAGCCUUGAAAAGCACAAUCACUGUAGCUGAAGAAGACGUUGGUUACGUGUCCGGUGUUCCUGAGGAACACAUCAAGACGCGCAAAGUACGGAUUUAUCAGCCUGCCAAAAGUGCUAUGCAAUCGGGAACGAAUAAUAUUCACCUUUGGCAAAUGGAUUUCGAUACACGCGAACGCUGGGAGAAUCCAUUGAUGGGAUGGACUUCCAGUGGAGAUCCUAUGUCAAAUAUCAAAGUUGAUUUUGCGACAAAGGAAGAGGCGAUUGCUCACUGCAAAAAGAUGGGAUGGGAUUACUACGUGCAAAAGCCAAAUGUUAGUCAGCCGAAACCUCGUAGCUACGGGAUGAACUUCUCUUGGAACAAACGUACCCGAGUUUCGACUAAAUAAUCCACUCAAGUUAAUCACUCGUAAGUUCAGGCAAUAGCAACGAUUGUUGCUAUUUGAUUGUUGAUUGUAGUCAUUUAAAAAAUUCUGAAAUAAGUAUGUAUCAUAAUGCAAAUAAAUGUAUAUAUAUUUAGCGUAAUGUA